CGCGGGGGGCCCGUUGUUGGGGCCCGCCCCCCUCUGUCCCAAGAGCGGGCGGUGAUUGGUCGAGGGGCGCUCAUGCCGGGCUCCCAUUGGUGAAGCGGGCGGGCGGCGAGGUUUGAAACGCCGAGCGAGGAGCGGUGUGAGGGGCAGCGGGGCCGGAGCGGCGUGAGGGGCGGUCGGUAGUGGCUGUGGGUCCCUGUGCGUGCGGCCGGACCCCGCGGCGUGCUGGGCUCUGUGUGUGGCGCCGACGACGAGCUGCGUCUGGGUUUGGAGGUGACCCGUGUGGUGGAGCCGUGUGAGGCACCAUGGCACAAGCCCUCGCCUCCCCAGGGCUGUUUUCUGACGAUGAGGCUGCAGCCUCCCCUGUGCUCGAGUCCACAGCAGCGGGCUUUGGGGCUGACCUGUGCAAGGACCUGCUGCCCGAGUUCUCCGCCAUCUCCCCAAACCUCGAGGGCUCUCAGGCUGUAGCUGAAGACAAUAAUGGAAAAUUAAAGGUCUACCUCAGAGUUCGACCUCUGAAAUCUACAGAAGUAGAAAAAGGGGAAGACCAGGGCUGUGUCUGUAUUGAGAACUCAGAAACCCUUAUUCUAAAAGCUCCAAAGAAUUCCUUCACCAUGCGGAGCACGGAGCGUGGAGUGGGACAAGCAGUGCACAGAUUCUCCUUCACCCGGAUUUUUGGACCAGAGGUGGGACAGAAAUUGUUCUUUGAUGAGACAAUGAAACAGGUGGUAAAGGAUGUGCUGAGUGGGCAGAACUGUCUGGUUUACACCUAUGGCAUCACCAAUUCAGGGAAGACUCACACGAUUCAGGGCACCACCCAAGAUGGGGGGAUUCUGCCUCGCUCCUUGGCAACCAUCUUCAACAGUGUGGGGGACCGGCUGUACCAGGCCAUGGACCUGAAGCCUGCCCUCUCCAACGAGGUGACCUGGCUGGACAGCAGGCAGGUGCGCCAGGAGGAGACCAAGAAGCAGAUGAUGCUGCAGAGGGGUCUCUGGGAGGAGGAGCUGCUAACGCCGCUGAAGAGGAGUCACAGUGCGGAAUCUCGGCUCCAGGCCACCACCAGUGGCAGUUUUGACAGUGGAGUUGCUGGUCUGUCUUCAUCCAGCCAACUCACCAACCGUUCAGACCUCAGCCAGACAGAAGAACUGGGCCCUUGCUGGGCUGACUUGGAUCACAUUUCACUCACCGGCACAGGAGAUGUGCAGUUCUCCAUCUGGGUCUCUUUCUUCGAGAUCUACAAUGAGUUAAUCUAUGACUUGCUAGAACCAGCUCUACCUGGGCAGAACCGCAAGCGGCAAACGCUGCGGCUCUGCGAGGACCAGACUGGCAACCCCUAUGUCAAAGAUCUGAACUGGAUCAAUGUCCGGGAUGCUGAUGAGGCCUGGAAGCUCCUAAAACUGGGUCGGAAAAACCAGAGUUUUGCAAGCACCCACAUGAACCAGAACUCCAGUCGCAGUCACAGUGUGUUCUCCAUUCGGAUUCUGCACUUGCAAAGAGGUAGCAGUGAAUUUGUUCCCAAAAUCAGCGAGCUGUCCCUGUGUGACCUGGCGGGGUCUGAGCGCUGCAAGGACCAGAUAAGUGGGGAGCGAAUGAAAGAAGCCAACAACAUCAACACCUCCCUGCACACCCUGGGCCGCUGCAUCACCGCCCUCCGCCAGAACCAGCAGGCCAGGACAAAGCAGGCGGUGGUUCCGUUCCGGGACAGCAAACUGACCCGUGUGUUCCAGGGCUUCUUCACGGGGCGUGGGCGCUCCUGCAUGAUUGUCAACAUCAACCAGUGUGCUUCCACCUAUGAUGAGACUCUGUACGUAGCCAAGUUCUCAGCCAUUGCCAGCCAGCUUGUUCAGGCACCUCCCACAAAGCUGGAACUUCCAUCCUUAAAAUCCAUCAUCAAAGAACACAGCAGGCGAAUCAGCCAGGGUCCAGAGGCAGAGCCAGAGGAAGAUGUGGAAUCAGAAGCAGACACUGAGGAUGAGGCAGAUAUCUCUACGUAUGAGAAGAAGGACUUGCUGCGCGCGGCCGAAGCUGCACGAGAGCUGCUGGUGCAGGAGCGGCAGAAGAAGCUGGAGCUCGAGAUGCGCCUGCGUGAGGAGAUCUGCAAUGAGAUGCUGGAGCACAUGCAACAGAAGGAGCAGUGGUGGAGCCAGCACGUGGAUGCUCAGAGAGAGCAGCUGGAGGAAUUGUAUGAGGGUAAAAUGACCAUCCUGAAAGAGUUACUGACUGACCACUACCAGGAGAAGAUGCAGGAGUGUGACGAGGAGAUUUCGGAGCUCAAAGCUGCUCUGCAGGAGACCAAACAAAAACUGGAGAGCCUGGAUGCUGAGCAAAAGGACUCAGAGCAGAGUGUACGUCGAUCCAAGAGAGUGGCCACCUCGUCUACUCUGCAGCAGGAUCUGGCAGACACCAAAGCCAGGCUGGAGCAGUGUCAAAAGGAGUUGAAUUCCACACGUGCAGAAUUGCACAAGUACCAGAAAUUAGUGGAGCCACCUCCCUCUGCAAAACCCAUUACUAUGGAUGUGGACAGGAAGCUGGAGGAUGGGCAGAAGAACAUCAGAAUGCUGCGUUCAGAGUUACAAAAAAUUGGGGAGUCUCUCCAGUCUGCCGAGCGGGCGUGCUGCCACAGCACAGGGGCAGGGAAGCUGCGAGAAGCCCUGGGCGUGUGUGAUGACAUCCUGGCAAGACAGGACCAGACUUUGGCAGAGCUGCAGAACAACAUGAUGCUGGUGAAGCUGGACCUGCGCAAGAAGGCGGCCUGCAUUGCUGAGCAGUACCACACGGUGCAGAAGCUGCAGGCGCCGCCAACGUCCGCCCUCAAGAAACGCUUCUGUGCCAACAGGGAAAACCUGCAGCCCAGUCAGCCUCCUGGCAAAAAGCCCUUCCUGCACAACAUCCUGACACGUUCAGCCACCCGUACUGUGGCUACCAGAGGCUGGCAACUUCGUUCAGUUGCUCUAUGACUUUUCAAAAGGAGGUCCCUACCCCACUAUUACUGGAACAGGUGGCAAAUCCAAUAUAAUAGCAUCUGGUUUUCA